AUGGAAUGUGUUUCUUCCACUUCCUUUAGUGUGGCAGUCAAUGGAUCCAUUUAUGGUCACUUCAAAGGGCAGCGGGGUCUUAGACAAGGGGAUCUUCUCUCCCCUUAUCUGUUUGUGCUCUGUUUGGAGUACUUUUCUAGAGAUAUGAGCAGCCUCAAGGAUGAUGCCAAUUUUAAAUUUCAUCCCAACUGUGUAGGUAUUCAGCUAUCUCAUUUGGCUUUUGCAGAUGAUAUUAUGCUUCUAUCUAGAGAAGAUAUCCCUUCUGUGUCAACUAUGUUUGCCAAGCUUCAGCACUUCUGUAGGGUUUCAAGGCUUUCCAUCAGCUCUAAUAAAUCUGUCAUAUACUCAGCCGGUAUUAGGCCUCAUGAGCUUUCUCAUAUUCAGCAGCUUACUGGAUUUAGCCUGGGUGACUUCCCUUUUAGAUACUUGGGUGUUCCCCUUUUAUCAUCUAGAUUAAAUGUAUGUCAUUAUGCUCCCUUGCUUUCCAAGAUUACUGGUCUGAUUCAGGGAUGGAGCAAGAAGUCUUUAUCUUAUGCAGGUAAGUUAGAGUUGAUCAGAGUAGUUAUUCAAGGAAUUGUGAAUUUCUGGAUGGGGAUUUUUCCUUUGCCGCAAUCUGUUCUGGACCAGAUCAACACUUCGUGCCGUAAUUUUCUGUGGGGCAAAGCGGAUAUUGGCAAAAACAAGCCCUUGGUUGCUUGGUCAGUAGUUUGUUCUCCGAAAAAAGAAGGGGGUUUAGGCCUUUUUAAUCUCAAGGACUGA